UCAGGGAACAAGCAGAGUGAGCUUAAGGUGCAACUGCAAGCUACUUGUAUUGGGAGCAACGGUUUGCUUCUAUGACUUCUCUUGUGACCUCAUUUCGUCCGUCAUUGUGAAGUGCUGCUGGCGCCACUUGGAGAAUCACCGUAGCAACGCUCGGUAUCAUGGAGACGGCACGGGUCCCGGGCUAUAAAACCUAACACGGCGAGAGGAGGCCGCCGGUACGCAGAAACACCGCUUCGAAAGACAGAUGGUUAGUCAGGUAGACCUGGUCACCAGGCCCUCUCUAAGAGGAACGGGAAGCCCAGGAGGCCGUCUGGCCAACACCUCCCUCAACCUCUACUGUACCUCCUACAGGGCUUCUUUUGGCAAAGAAGGCUUCAGUCCAUGUCUAGGUCAUCAUUACGGGACAGGGUACUCUGCCAACCUGAGACCUGCUAUUUACUACAGCCCUAGUCUGGACCACACUGAUAACCCACAGUUAGGGCGUUCUUUGCUAGAGAGUUUCAAGUCUCAGACUAAGCGCCAUUUCCAGCCCCUGACCAGACCUGAUGGGUCAGAGACCCUGCCUUGCCCCAGUGGACAGAUCAGAGAGAGUGGAUAUCUACAGCUGAAGACACAGCCUACAGCAAAUGUAUCCAUCCAGACAGAGUAUAAGGAACACUUUGUUCCAUAUCGUCCCAGACCACCAGUUUCUCAGAAGCACCAGUUAGUGGGAGCCCAAGGAGAGAGCGGUUUCACCGAAGGGACGGCCCUGCAACCCAACACCUUUCUGCCCCAGUACCACAUGGUCAAUCCUAGGAGGACUGAGAACUCUGUGAUGAGACAUGACUUCCUGCCUAUUUCCUUUCUUCAGGGCUCUGAGAUGCUCCCCAGGCUGGUCAGUAGAGUCCCCAGAGAAACAGGCUUCACCAGGGACACCUUGGACCCUCUGGCCUGUCUAGUCUCUGUGUUACCUGGCUCUGGGACUCAGAAGAUCAGCUCACCUGCUGACCAGAAGUUGAUUGGGAUGAAGGAGCUUUCAGGAUUCAUCCUCAACUCACCAAAUCUGAAAACCCUGCCCCACACGCCAUCUGACCCUUCACGCGUCCGCACUCACUACCAGUCCAAGUUCUGUGUCCAGGAAACCGCCCCUAGGUGUUGUACUGAGGUCGCUACAAUAUGUUCCAGGUUCUGUGACGUUCCAGCGCUGGAGAAGCUAAGAGAAGGCUGGACAAGGGGAAGCAUCCACAAGCACAGGACCAAUGGUUACACUGGUAGAGACACAGACAGGUUUAACCUCAGACACUGACGGUCAAGGUACAGACAUCAGCUCGCCCAUUAAAUACCCAUAAUAUCAUUUCAACUGGCGAACAGAGAUGGUGUGUAACAUAUUCAUUGUAGAGAUGACAAUGACAUGGGUGCUGCUAUUUCCAUCCAAAUAAAAUGGUUGAUUUUUAUCCUUUUGGAUUCAAAGACACA